AUGGUGAGAAUAUUAGCCGAAAGGUCAAAAUUAGAGGCUUUUAGUGGGAAGAGGCCUGGAAUUUCCAUCGUGCGCCCACGAAAUCCAGUCCUAUAUAAGUUACUACUGUUGCUCUUACAGUUGUAUUCUGGUGAAAGCGAUCUGCAGUUGAAUUAUUACUCAGAGAGUUGCCCAAGAGCUGAAGAAAUCAUCAAAGAACAAGUCACCGGCUUAUACCAUAAGCAUGGAAAUACAGCCGUUUCAUGGAUCAGAAAUCUCUUUCAUGAUUGUAUUGUUAAGUCAUGUGAUGCAUCAUUACUGUUGGACACUGCAAAUGGCAUGAAAUCAGAGAAGACAUCAUCAAGAAGUUUUGGAAUGAGGAAUUUUAAGUACAUAAACACUAUCAAAGAUGCCCUUGAGAAGGAAUGUCCCAUGGAAGUUUCUUGUGCUGAUAUUGUGGCCCUUUCAGCAAGAGACGGUGUCAUCUUGUUAGGUGGGCCACAUAUCGAGAUGAAGACAGGUCGAAAGGAUAGCAAGGAAAGUCAUAUAGCAGAAGUUGAAGAUUUCAUCCCCAACCACAAUGACAGCAUCUCAUCAGUUCUUUCGAGAUUUCAAUCAAUUGGCAUUGAUACUGAAGGAACAGUAGCUCUUCUAGGUGCUCACUCCAUAGGACGAGUUCAUUGCAAGAACAUUGUUCCCAGAAUCUACCCAACAGUGGAUCCAACCUUAGACCCUGCGUACGCCAACUACCUCAAAGGCCGGUGCCCUUCCCCGGAACCCAACCCGAAAGCGAUCGAAUAUGCAAGAAACGACCGCAUUACGCCGAUGUUGCUUGAUAAUAUGUACUACAAGAAUAUUUUGAGUCACAAAGGACUGUUGCUAGUGGAUCAACAGCUAGUUUCUGAUCCUGAUACAUAUCCUUUUGUGGAGAAGAUGGCUGCUGACAAUGAUUAUUUUCAUGAACAAUUCUCCAAGGCUCUACUCAUUUUAUCAGAAAAUAAUCCGCUUACAGAAGAGCAAGGAGAGAUCAGAAGGGAUUGUCGAUACGUGAAUAGAAAUUGA